AUGGUCUCAGUGACAAAAGAAAUGAGGUAAUCUCACCAGAGAUAUGCACAUAUUCUCAUACUUAAAGCUGAUACAAAACCUAUAUAGGUAUCAGAUCAGGUUAUAGUUGUUUUUCAAUGGUCCAUCCUGAAAUUUUGACAAAUACUGGACCCAUACUGAUCCUGAGAAUCGGAUCAAGCCAUGCCUGUUUUGAACGAGAUGGUAACUACCUGGCAGAGACUUUCCAAGGCUGGUCCAUCUAGACUGGCAUCCUUUGAUAGUCACAAGCAAGGACAUCAAAGGACGCGCGAAUGGCGCUGACAAUUCAACACACUUAGCCGCCUUCCGAUUGACACUGAGGACAGUCAACCUAAGCUACAGGCAUAGCAGCCGACUGACUUUAGAAAGAUGGAUAAAAAACAGAAAGACCAGUCCAAAAUGUCGGCGUUUUUUAAACGCAGCACCAGUCGCACAAGCAAUCGAGCGACUGCUCGCGCCACUGCGCGUGCCAGUGCUCUCGCUGCAGUGACUCAAAUUGGACCAGCCAACGAAGCUCCGCUGCUGAAGGCAAAUACUGCAAAUCAAAACAGGCCGAUAGAGAAGACAACAGAAAACAAACCACCCCCAAUCUUCUCCUGCCCCUUCGCUGAAGAUAUCGAAAAAGCAACCAAUGAGAACAACACAACAGAUGACUGGGGUGUGAUAAUGGACAUCUGUGAUAAGAUUGGGACGACAUCCAAUGGAGCAAAAGAAGGCCUUAGAGCCAUCAUGAAGAGAGUCAAUCACAAAGUGCCUCAUGUUUCCUUGCAGGCCCUCAAUUUGCUCGGCGCCUGCGUAUCAAACUGUGGCAAAAUAUUUCACUUGGAAAUCUGCUCCAGAGAGUUUGCCAGUGAAGUACGCAAUGUCUUGACCAAGGCUCACCCUAAGGUGUGUGAGAGGCUAAAGGCUCUGAUGGUGGAGUGGACAGAAGAAUUCCAGAAGGAUCCACAACUCAGCCUGAUUGGUGCCACCAUCAAGUCUCUGAAAGAGGAUGGCAUCAGUUUUCCCUCUCCGUCCUCACAGGGGACGACUACAAAGGUCAGCACACCUGCAGGGGGCAAAGUCACAGAUGAUGAAGACCUGGCAAAAGUGUCUUUUUCUCUCUUGCCCACAGCCAUCGAGUUGUCCUUACAGGAGCAGAAACAACAGGCUGACCUGCGACCCCUGACCGCCACCUCUGACACUACAAACAACACCAGCAGCGGAGGAGGGCAGGAGGUCCGGAAAGUGCGUGCGCUGUACGACUUUGAGGCAGCGGAGGACAACGAGUUGACCUUCAAAUCGGGAGAACUUAUUCUGGUGUUGGACGACAGCGAUCCAAACUGGUGGAAAGGAGAGAAUCACAGAGGAGUUGGUCUUUUCCCCUCCAACUUUGUCACAAACUCCUUGAACGCUGAACCAGAGCCAGUGGCUUAUAUUGAAAAGACUGUGAGUGCUGAAGAGACAGUUUUGGAAACCAAAGCUGAGCCUGAGCCUGUCUACAUAGAUGAGGAAAAGAUGGAUAGAACGUUGGCUCUGCUUCAGAACAAAGAUCCUGCAGAUCCCAAUCUGGACUCCCAAGAGCUGAUCCAGCUGGAGGGCGCAUGUGAACAGAUGAAUCCUAUGAUUGACGAGAAGCUCCAAGAAAUUGACAGGAAACACUCUGAGUUGUCAGAGUUGAAUGUGAAAGUUCUGGAAGCCCUGGAUCUGUACAACAAGCUCAUGAACGAGGCUCCCUUCUACACGUCGUACUCCAAAAUGCAGCAACAGUAUCCGCACGCCUCAACCAUGGGCAUGCAGGGUUACCUAGGACACUCUGCUGCUGCUCCCUACAUGCCUCCAGCCAUGCCCCAGGUACCUUCUAUCCAACAAUACAGUCUGCCCAGUGACCAGCCUGCACCACUGCACUCACUGCCCCCCAAUGUCUCAGUUCCGCCCAACGGCCAAGCUCCUCAGCCCCCAUACAUGAGCAGUGGCAUCAACACUCAGUACAUGAACCAGGCUGCGGGAGCUUCUUACCCUGCCCAGGGGGGCGUGGCCAUAGACAUGGCCACCUAUCACAACGCUACCAUUCCUUCCAUGACAUACCCUGGUGCUGCUCCUCUUCACCAGGCUCCGCAGCAUCAGCAGCAGCAUCAGCAGCAACAGCAGCAGCAGCAGGCGGCCUAUUAUCCACAACCUCUGCUGUAGAAAUCCUCCAUCCUCACACCUGACACUAAAAUACUCACUUCUGAUAUUUCAGACGCUCACUGUCCAUUUGUUCGGCUUCGAAACGUGUCUGUGUGUGUGCGAUUGUUCAUCAAGGACCAUUCCUGUCCAGCUGGACACCAGCUGGACAGAACGCACCCUGUCUGCGUUCAAAUAACUAACUGUGUGUGUGUGUGUGUGUAAGUCAGUUGUGUCUGUAACACCAGCCAUCUGCUCAUUUCCUGGUUGGCUGAAAGAGGAAGCGUGCUUUGUCUUUUUCCAUAAACGUAACAAACCGAUGCUCUUCAGUUAAGUCACAGAUUCAAGGAAUUGCACCUUUACACACGUCCUCACACUUUACUCAGAAUCGACUGUAGGCGACGUGUAUCGUCAACAGCGGCGAAAAGUCCCGUUAACACUAAGGUCCGAAGCUAUUUUUACGUCAGCGCUCAGCGUCCCACUUUCUCUUAAUUAGGAUGACUUGUGUUCGAGG